CUUGUGUGCCAGACUCACGCAACGAUUCGCAAAUACUUUUCCCCAUCCGAUACCACCCACCCAAGAUAGAAUCAGCCACUGGACUGUAUGGAACCGAAGGAGAACAGCUGAAAUUGAAUUGUUCGAUUGUAGUUCGAACAGGUGAAAAGGUAGCCAUCGAGUGGAAAUUACCGAAUGCUUCGUUACAGGAGGCGCGAGUUGUUCAAUCCAAACUAACAAUCGUAAAUCAUCCAACAAGACCGCAUCUGCAAAUAGGAAUGAGCGAAAUUUUAAUCAGAAAUGUUGACAAAGUCAUGGACGAAGGAGUUUAUGAAUGCGAGGCUAUUGACGAACUUCUAAACAAAAGUUUCGACAGAAUUUUUAUUGAAAUUUUGGGAAAAGGUGACGACGCUCUCGACAUUCAAGCGAUGGAUGGAAUUUAUAGAAUCGAAAUCAGAAGAUGGCAAACGGCAAUAUGGAAAGUGAAAUAUAAAGGGCGUCCAAAGCCAACGAUUGAUUGGUAUCAUCCAUCAGGCGAAAAAAUACUUGGAGAUGAUGAAAAAUGUGAAGUGAAGGUCACAACAGACUUUACCGUUUUGAAAAUAUUGACCGUUGAGCUGGAAGAUUUUGGCUUCUACACAUUGAAAGCUUCCAAUGGAGUUAGUUCAAUGGAGAAAAAAUUCGAGCUACGCGUUAAAGUGCGUCCAGCUGCUGAGGUUAAAAGUGUAGUGUCGCGGGUCAACGAAAAUGCAAGACUUGUAUGUAAUUGUGCAGGAUAUCCUCCGUCGUCAAUAACGUGGAUGUUUGCACCAUGCCAAUGGACAAUGAUGAGUGUAAUGCCUGAUUGUGAAGACUAAUAUUGUUUGAGAUUUGAAAUAAAAGACUUCUAUUUGGGACUUGUG